UUUAUGGCUCAGCAGUAGGCGCACAUAAGGAAGUGAAAUUGUGUUGCAGGCUUUACGUGUCUGGACUUCAGUUUUAGUUUUCUUUUCAAGCUGUAGCUGGAACAGCCACAGACUCUCACAACAAGCAAGACGCCUUACGUUGUCUGGACUCUUUCCAAUGGCUGUCGUGUCUUAAAACACAAGGAGAGUUGGAUCAGGACUUGAGGACAUUUAUUUGGACUUUUUGCCUCCCUGUUUUGGAGUUAACCAAAUCUUUUCAUGGGGGAAACUCUCCCAAGGGCGGCAGGAGGGGCCCCGCAACACAGUGACACUGUGAGCAGACUGGUGCAGACUCUCAGGGUUAAGAUGGUCCUGCUGGGGAGCUCUGGUGUGGGAAAGUCCAGCCUGGCCUCGCGAUUUGGCAGGGACGAAUUCAGGAGUACAUCGCCCACUGUAGGCUGUGCCUACCUGACCCAGGUGGUGCAUCUAAAUGACGUCACUCUUCGCUUCGAAAUAUGGGACACGGCAGGCCAGGAAAAAUACCACAGCGUCACCCCGCUGUACUACAGGGGAGCCCACGUGGCACUUUUGGUCUAUGAUAUCACUCAAAGGGAAACAUUUCUCAGAGCUCAGGUGUGGCUCAGAGAGCUCGAGAAACAGUACAUCCCAGGAUCUACAGUCAUCUGGCUGGUAGGCAACAAAGGAGAUCUGGCUCACGAUCGGAAAGUGUCAGCGCAGGAAGGACAGAGUCUAGCCAGUAACGGGGGCUUGUACUUCACAGAGACCUCAGCCCUCUCUGGGGAUCAAGUCAACGAGCUGCUGCAAACUGUAGCCCACAGAGUGUACGAGUGCAUUGGAGCACAGCAGGGAGGUCUGACAGAGUGGCAGGAGACACCGACCGUGGACCUGUGCCACAGAGACAAAUUCAGUCCGGUUGCAUCCUGCUGCAAAUUUGGACCCUAAUCUGUCUGACCGGCAGUCGCUUUGCUGCCUUUUUUGUUGUUGUUGUUUUUCUCUGUCUGUGUCGAUUAUUUCAAAGCUGGGAUACGGAAAAGUUCAAUAAAACACUUGAGGAUUUUGGAAUUGGUCCUUUUCCCUUUUU